CCAUCUUUCCUGUUUUUGUUUUUUUAAUUUUUGACACUAAAACCUUUUUUCGAAAUGCAAUAAAAACACCCGGGAUAACGAGAAGCCAUCCCUCUCCCCUUAAGUCUUUCAACCCCAACUUGCCGCCGCUUCGAUCUUGCCCUCCCUGCAAACCCUACCAGAAAUCCUUCAACACCGCCGUUGACGGCGGCUCCGAUACCUCAAUAUCCUCUCCAUUACCCCAUUCCUUCUCGCAACAACUGCGAAUUCCAGAAAUGGCGUCAGGCACGGCUACUUCUGACGUCACUGAUGGACCAGUGCUCACUCUUAUCAACAAACGCAUCCGUAACCUAAGGAAAAAGCUCAACCGAAUCGCGCAGCUCGAAGAUUCCAUCGCUCAGGGAAAAUCCAUUAUCAAGAACAAGGAACAGGAGGAGCUCCUGAAAUCGAAGCCUGCGAUCAUCGCCGCUGUUGACGAGCUAGAGAAGUUCCGUCAGCCCCUAUCCGUGGCCAUCGAUGAAGAAAUCAGCCUCGCGCUUCAACGCCGUCAUGUGACGGCGUCGGAAGACAAUGAUAACGACGAUGACAGUAAUAAAGCACAAACCCUAGAUAAAGAGCAACAGGAAACGGAGCCUCCGGCUUUAGCGGUGGACGAUCUGCUGAGUUUGAUUUACUUCGGGAGUAUGUUUGAGGUCAAAUCGCAAAAUGAUUUCAAUUCGAUAAUGUUGACAAGGUCGCACGAGAGGAAUUGUUGCUUGACGUAUGAUUAUGUUACCGAUGAUGAUGCUGCUGUCAUGUUGGGAGAGAGGGAUUUGGAUUUGAUCUCAACGAUGGGCUCUCUUUUGAUUUCUAGACCCGUGGACUCUAGUCUUUCGCAUCAAGAUGCCUUACAGAGAUGCGUUGAGCAUGCUAAGCUUUGGCUUUCGAAGUCUGAGCAGCAGAUUGAUUCAAAUAGCAAUGUUACUUAUGCUGAUUUGAGAGAGAAGUUGGCAAAGAUUAUGGGCUCAGAUUACUUCAAAAUAACGCCAGAGAUGAAAGCUCCUGCUGAUGUUGCGGCUGAAGCUGCUGGAAAUUAUUCAUUCCAAGUGCCUGUUCAGGUGGAGGCUUCAGUCACUCGAUAUGAACAAAAGGAAGAAGAUGUAACAGAUCAUCAAAGAAGUGAAACUUAUGAAGACCAAUCUGCCCCUAUUGAAAAUUCUCACAAGGAUGAAACAGAAGCUGAAAACUCCAUUGAAGUACCAGUUCAAGAAGAACCAACCGAACUACAAGCGGGAGGUGAAGACAACAAAGACCAACAUGUAAACCGGCGACCCUAUCAGAACCAGAGAGGCGGUGGCGGUGGUGGUGGUGGCCGUGGUGGAGGUCGGAGAGGUUACUCGAAUGGGCGCGGCGGCCGAAGUGGCGGCAGAGGCGGACCUUACCAGAAUGGACGGAACAAUUACUAUGAGCAGCAGCCGGGAAAUUAUUACCCACGGAACUAUAAUGGUGGUGGUGGGAGGGGAAGGGGUGGUGGUGGGAGGGGUAAUUUUGGUAAUUCGUACAACCACCAUGUCAAUGCUUCUGGGGUUGAAGCUGCGGAGUCUUGACCAUUGAUGCCUUGUGGGGCCCCUUUUCUUUAACCCAGGUUAAGUUAAAAUUUAUGUGGGAUAAAGAUUAGCAAAAAAAAAAAAAAAAAAAAAGAAAAAA